AUCAUCCUCCGACAAGAGUCAUCUCCUUACCCAGAAUCUCCGAUGGGUGGAAGAAAUAUCUUCUUCUCCGCAUGUCAAUAAGUGGCUCGAAUUCACAACCUCAGUCAGCAUGUUCAUCUUCAUGCCCCUCGAAAAAAUCAUGAGCAGACAGUACUCUUACAGCGAUUGAUGUUCUUCACAGGGUUCGAUGGAGACGACAUCGUGUCUGAGACUCAUGAAAAUUACCUCCAAUUGUGCACCCGUAGAGAAAUCAAUACACUGUAAAAAAUUGGAUCCGAUUGGCAAGGGAUUGAAUGUCGCACUUUGGCCUGAUAAUUCCCUGGGUUAUAGGUAGGUGCAGCUAUCAAUCGACACAUUGCGAGCUAAUGUGCAGAGAGCCGAGUGCCAAUCUACACUCUUGGCAUUUGUAGUGGGGAAAUCCUAUCAUAGAUCCCCUAAAAGAUUCAGAAACGUUCUGGAGCAGAAACAUGUUCUGAGCAGACCCAUUUCUCCUUGACCGUCAGGACGUUCAUGAAAUAGAGACGUAAAUAUCGUCUUUUGCUUUCAGAAUGGCAGGUCGGGAACGUGAAGGCAAUCACGCUUUUAUCAGAGUGAAAUUCCUGAAUGGUAACGGAGAAAUUAACAGAUACUACAGACGUCUUCAUGUGCUCGGCGAAGGUGGCUAUGGUAAGACCUACGAGGUUGAGCAAGUAAGAAAUGGACGAAGAUACGCCAUGAAAGUUCAAAAGUUCGAACGCGUUGCUCCUGGAGCUGUAGCCACUUCGUCGACUGAUCCAUUCGAAGAUGUGAGGAUAAUCUACAAAGAAAUGGUUAUUCUGAACUUAAUACUUCCUCGACAUAGGAAUAUAAUUAAUAUCAAGGACUUGCUGAUGAGCGUUGAUACAGUGUACAUUGUGCUAGAACUAUGUGCACGCAAAUGUCUCAGAAAUUUCUAUCCUAUCGCCAACAACAGAAGCGGGAGAAGAAUCUUCAAACAAAUAGUACAAGCAGCUCAUUUCCUCCAUCAGCAUGGCGUGAUACACAUGGAUUUGCACUCAGAGAAUGUUCUAUUCACCGAUGAUACCAUGACGGAAUCUAAGAUCAUAGACUUUGGUUUAGCUGUCUACAAACCAGAAUUAGCUGUAAGAGUUCACGCUAAUUUUAAUCAUCAUCAGUGGUUCGAUAUCGAUGACUUAAGCGGCCUCAUUCAAGACUACUCAGGACCCCAUGAAGAUAUACAAGCCUUGGGCCAUAUACUGCACUGCAUUCUGGCUGGAACCGAGGUAGACCCAGAACGGUUUGAACAGCCUCGCCCUGAAGCUGAAGCUGAAGGUGAAGGAGUGACUCCCGCCUACAUGCCAAGAAUGCACAUUUUUGACCGGGAGGCAAAGGAUUUGCUCGAACUGAUUGGCCCAGAGUAUUUCCGUCGUGGCGCAUUGCCAACUAUGGAUAGAGUCCUUACUCAUCCUUGGCUUGCAUAGAAGAAAAUAAACUAAGCCUGUCUUCCAGGGCUUCACAUAUGCCAUGUAUGAUAGUAAAACUUCGUUCCACACUGAUUUCACUUACUUCCUCAGGUAUUUCUCAUCACGCCCUUGAGGGAAACAGGGCACGAUGGGGAAUAUCCACAAAACGUCAGCACCUCCCAAGCAGAAGCUUUUCUUAAUGGUAUUUGGGACGAUGAGCAUGCCAAAACUGAAAUGUAAUGCCGCUCCAGAUCAUCCUUGACCAUGCAACAGCCCAGUCUAAGACAGAUCAAUAGAGCCCAGCCGAGAUCAUGGCCGCAGAUAAUAUCUCUAUUUUGAAAAGAACCUCUUGAGACAACCUGAACCUGUUACUGGAGGUGUGAGCACGAGGUAGCCAAGACUCUUAAACAUAACUUGAAUCCAGACAGUUUGGUUAGUUCUAUGCGAUGGACCUCGUGGUCUUUGCUACCAGAGUCAAAUAUGACAUCCUUUCAUGCCUUGGUGUACAUCUCGUGACGGUGUACAUACUCUGCACGGAGGAUGCCAGAUCUACGAUCUAUACAAAAGCUUUUGCAAGUUACAGCGGUCGUUAGACGCUUUUUUAGUCUAAGGGAAGUCAGAACAGGUAUCGAACCUAAGAUGAUUAAACUAAGAUCCUUAAAGUAGAGUAUGAAUAAAUAUAUUUUGGUAGAUCUCCAAAAAACCUGGAAGAUGCUGACAUCAACUUACAUCGAUCGGCUAAUACCAGGUCGAUGACAAUCUUUUCUGAAUUAAGUAAGCGAACUUUCGGUGAUCUGAAUCAGAUUGAUGAUCAUUAUUUAUCGAUAGUAUCCAUCACUAGGGGAAUUUUUAAGCGUAUCAGAAUAAACGGCUAGAUUGUCUUUCGGCACUGCAAGCUGAUUCUCAACCAAAACGUAAAUGUGCUCGAGACUAGGUGUAGCAGGCUAAAUAUGCGAUAUCCAGAUCCAGAUAUGGUGGAUAGGGCAAUCACAUUGGAAGAAAUUUGUGAAGCCCGAAAUCUUACUCAUAUCUGAAAAGGUUGAAACAAAUAUUCGGGAACUGAAUAUGAACUCGGGAGUUGGAGAUUCUCUUGGCUGCUCAACAGAUUUAUCCGGAUUCUAGGAUCUAAGAUGAUCGUUGUUGGGGACUGCGAGGCUUUGGGGAAUCCACAUAAGAACACAAAAUUUUUCACCCUGUAAAUUUUUAGUCUUGCUUCUUUAAUUUCAUAUCACAGAGCUAGCCAUUCUAUGCAGCACAAUAGAGCUGCAUAAUAUGGCUAUAAUGCAAAAAGCAGCGUGUCCCUAUUAUUGCAAUAGAGAUACAAGCGUUGCACUUUUCAACGUAGUACUCAUGUAUUCCAAAAGCUGCCACCGUCUCAUUUUUCCAAGAGUAAACUGCAUCUUGGGUUCGCAGUAUGUCUGAAGAUUCAUGGAGUGAGAAAUAUGUCAGUUUGUCUACAUGUAAGCAUUACCACGUUGGUUACAUUAUUAAGGAGACUAAAGUUUCGUAGAUAAUUAAAUUUCUCGGCACUCUCAACUAUGCGUCGAACUUUGUUAAGCAGCAGAAAACAUCAAGAUUAUCUAUGCAUUUAUGUGGCAAUCUAAGAACAAGAAUUAAAAUAACAAUAUUCCCUGA